AUUAAUGGGGUUUAGUGGAAGUGGACGUUACCUCGUUUUUCAGCUGUUUGUAUCUUCUGACACACUUUGAUCUUUGAUGAUGGAUACGUAGACAGCAUCUCAUAAAUAAAUAAUUAUAAUUAUAUAAAGAACACACACACACACACUCACAACUUCACAAUCACAUAUAUACACAUCCACAUCUUUCCUUCUUAUUCCUUUCUUUCUCUCUCUCUCUCUCUGAAAAAGUUGAGUACUUUUAUAGUUCUCAUCAAUUCACAGAAGAAGAUGGUUUUCUGCUGAUGGCUGCAUCAAAUGAUUUGAAAAGCUGAGUCAAAGCAGAAGGGGAAAAAAAACUAAAGCUAAGACAACAACCCCAAUAUAAUCAAUUCAAUUCCCAGAUGAUGAUAGAGCACGUGCACUUCCAGAUUUCUAUCACACCUGCAGGGUUCAUUUAAUAUAGUAUAAAAGUUCUGCAAGAAGGAAGAAGACGUCUCCUACGUACUACUACACAAAUCAAAUGGGUUGAAUCUUGGCCCUCAUCAGCUAGCUUCUUGUCCCCAACAACAGCAGCUAGAUUAGUUUAUUUUUUUAUUGUGGAAAAAGGAGAUGGCAGCGUACUUUCAUGGAAAUUCAGAAAUUCAAGGAGGAAACGACGGUUUACAAACUCUUAUACUGAUGAACCCUGCUGGUUAUGUUGGAUUCUCUGAGACACAACAUCAUCAGCCACCUGCAGGAGGAAGCAAUCUCGUUUUCUUCAACUCCAAUCCUCCUGGAAAUUCACUAAACAUACCUCACGCGCCGCCUUCUUCUCAGCAGCAGUUUGUCGGCAUACCACUUGCUACCUCUGCCUUCACUGCUCCUUCUUCUUCUCAAGACGGUACCACUACUCCAACUGUUCAUUCCCACCAUGAUAUAUCUGCACUUCACGGCUUCCUCGCUCGGUCUCAUGAGUAUGGUUUCUACAACCAGUCGAAUGACAUCACGGAGGCGCGUGAGGCAACACGCGCUCAGCAGCAAGGGCUGUCACUUAGCCUUUCAUCACAGCAGCCCGGGUUUGGGAACUUCAGGCCUGAGCGUGAGGAGUUGAUGACAACUGUUUCACCGACAGCCGGUGGUGGAUCAUCGUCGUCGGCUUCUGCGGUACAAAGUGUGCCUUUGAGUCCUAAGUACUUGAAAGCAGCACAAGAGCUGCUUGAUGAAGUUGUUAAUGUCGGCAAGGCAGUGAAAACUAGCACAACUGAUGAAGAUGUUAAUGAUGGCCAAAAAUCCAAAAAUAAUGGAGAAUCGUCUGGCAAUAUGGCAACAGCAGCAGCAGCAGGACAAGAAGGAGGAGAGAGUAACAGUAAGCGUGAUGGAGCAGAGCUUAGUACAGCAGAGAGACAAGAAAUUCAGAUGAAGAAAGCAAAACUUGUCAACAUGCUUGAUGAGGUGGAGCAGAGGUACAGACAUUACCAUCAGCAGAUGCAGAGUGUGAUAUCUUGGUUGGAGCAAGCAGCUGGAAUUGGAUCUGCAAAAACAUAUACAGCUCUGGCUCUGCAGACAAUUUCUAAGCAAUUCAGGUGUCUUAAGGAUGCGAUAACAGGCCAAAUACGAUCUGCAAGCAAGACAUUAGGUGAAGAGGAUAGUUUUAGAGGAAAAAUUGAAGGUUCAAGGCUUAAAUUUGUUGAUAAUCAGAUCAGACAACAAAGAGCUCUGCAACAAUUGGGAAUGAUCCAGCACAAUGCUUGGAGACCUCAGAGAGGACUGCCUGAACGAGCUGUUUCUGUUCUUCGCGCUUGGCUCUUUGAACAUUUCCUCCAUCCUUAUCCAAAGGAUUCGGACAAAAUGAUGCUAGCAAAACAAACAGGACUUACUAGGAGUCAGGUGUCUAAUUGGUUCAUCAAUGCUCGAGUUCGUCUUUGGAAGCCAAUGGUGGAAGAGAUGUACUUGGAGGAGAUCAAGGAACAAGAACAGAAUGGAUCAGAUCUAGAAAAGACGAGCAAAUUAGGCGAACAGAAUGAAGAUUCUACAUCAAGAUCCAUUGCUCCACAAGAGAAAAGCCCUCGUUCGGAUAGCCAAAACAAAAGCUUUCUCUCGAAACAGGACAAUAAUCUGGAAAACCUCAACCCUGCUUCUACAAUUCCAAUAUCCAACACUACUUCCAUAUCACCUACUGGUCUAAGCAUUCGCAACAACACUGGCUUCAACCUCAUCGGAUCACCAGAAAUAAAAAGCAUAAACAUUGGUCAAGGAAGUCCAAAGAAACCGAGGAGCAACGAGAUGUUGCAUUCACCAAAUAGUGUUCCAUCUAUCAGCAUGGAUGUAAAGCCAAAUGAGGAACAAAUGUUAAUCAAGUUUGGCGAUGAUAGGCAGAACAGAGAUGGAUUCUCCUUAAUGGGAGGACCUACGAACUUCAUGGGAGGAUUCGGGUCCUAUCCCAUUGGAGAAAUCGGGAGGUUCAGCACCGAGCAAUUCUCAGCACCAUACUCAACCAGUGGCACAGUUUCCCUCACUCUUGCACUUCCCCAUAGUGAAAAUCUCUCAAUGUCAGCAACACACCACAGUUUCCUUCCGAUUCCCACACAAAGCAUCCAAAUGGGAAGAGGAGUAGAAAUUGAUGAGGCAAAUGAAUUUGGUAGCCUAAACACCCCAACAUCUGCUCACUCAACAAGUGUUUACGAGAAUUUCAACAUUCAAACCAGAAAGAGGUUCGCUGCACCCUUGUUACCAGACUUUGUUGCUUGACAAAGAAAAAGAUGAAGAGUAUCCUCUUUAAUAUAUUGUCUCUUCUAUUUCCCUAAGUAUUAGGAGAGGAGGGAACUAUCCUCAUGGUAGUGUAAAGAAUCAAGAAACAAGUUUACAUAGUACAGGUCCUAUACUUUGCAUAUGAAGAACCAUUUAAGUUCUUCAAUAGAUAGAUUCUAGGCUACUUCUAGACGAUACGUGGUUGAGGUUUGUAUAUUAAUUUUGUUGCUACAUAGCAUAGUUAAUUGGGUUUGUUAUAUUGAACGUGGAAAAGUAGUUAUUUUGGGUGGUAUACAAAAAUAAUAUCCAUUUUAGCGAAUCAUUCUUA